CUUUAUAACCAUUGCCCUUAUUUCCUUUCAUUCAGGGACCUAUGAACAGCUUCUUUAGCCCAGUUAGUGGAGGUUCAAUGAGUCCAACAACUCCAAAUUUUACAGCUGCCUCACUUUUUCCAUCCCUGCAAUACAUAUUGCAGCAGAACACCGCACAACGGGAAGAGAUUAUUAAACUGAUCAAGUAUGUGGAGGAAACUUCUGGCAAGUUUCCAGAAUUGCCCGAGGCUGCCACUAAUGACCUCUUACAGAUAACACCUGCUUCUACAAGGGAGAGGGAGCUACAGUCUCAGAUGAGCGUUUUGCUACAGAGAGUUGGGAGCCUUAUGGAAGAAUUGCAGAGACAAAAAAUGAAAAAUGCCCAGCUAGAAAAACAAUUGAGUGCUUUGACCAGUAAAGAGGGAAAAUAAGAAAAGAAAAUGAUCUUGAUGGUGAUGUUGAUAAAUUGAGGGCUUGAUCAUUGCUAUCUGCGGUGAGAUUUCAUUGUGAUCCUGCAGGUAAUUCCUGGGUAUAGCGGUGGUCUUGGAUUGUAUUUUUAGUGUACCAUAUGCGUGAACAUGUGCUAAGGCGAACACCGAAAUUUUGAGAUGUCGUUGGUUGAGUCUCUGCGUGUAAUAUGUAAUUUAUUGGCAUGAUACUUUGUAAUUAUAAAUACAAUCUCUCUCUUUCGUUCU